AUGCAAAAUGUUAGACCUAUUGGGAAAGCCUUGGAUAAGCUAAAUGAGGGCAGUAUUUAUGAACGUGAUUGGUACCUUGAGAAUGGUGUAUCCAGGACUCUGGGCAUUAAUGAUGAGAAGACCAAGUCUGCUAUAAAAGAGGAGAUAUGCAAACAUAAUGUGAAAGAUAUCAUUGGUAGUGCCAUUUAUUUCAGAGACAUGAAACUGGCUAAGGCCUUGAAAGUGACUCGCAGACUCUGCAAAGAUCCUUCCAUUGUUGAUAAUUGUGACAACUUCUGGAAAGUGUAUGUAAAGCAAUGGGAAGACGUUUGGAAAGAAGAGAUUCUUGUUGCUGAAUUACAUGAAAAAUGUUGCAAGAAGUUUGUGAAAGCUAAGAAGACGCUUGAGAAGCUUGGGAAGAGUCAUAAAGGGACGGAUAGUCGGAUGCGGAAGUUGGAAAAGCAGCAGAAUGAUCUUCGUGAAUUGAAGACAAAGUUAAUAGGGAGUAUACAGAAGGUUGCCCUAAGUGUAGGCCUUCUGCUCAGAAAAAAUGGAGUGACAUUGGGAGAGGAGCGUGUAGCUGAGGGAAUGAAAGAAUUGGCCAUCAAUGAGCAAUGGAUGGAAGACGCUCUAAAGGGGAUGCCCUGGGAGAACAGACGACCUGCGGCAGGAGAGAAGGCCAUUUGCGAUAAGGAAGACCACGUCAUGUCCGACAGAUAA